GGACAUCUCCGUUUUUCCUCCCUCUUUCCCACUUUUUUUUUACAUUUAUAUUCAAUUAAUCCAGUGUAUUUGAGAAAUGAACCCGCCGACUCAGCACGCUCAUUUUCAUAAAUAGUGCAACGCAAGCUGACAGAGCGCAAACAGUUGGUCCCGCUGCUGAGAUGGGGCAACCCACAAAUCAACGUGCCAUGGUGCCGCUCUCCGAAAAGAACUUAUUAGGACUACACAGCAACUUCUAUUCAACUCAUCAGCGCGUGUAGUAUUCCACAUCAAUAUUCAACACUCGUUGCUGCAACGCGUUUUAAAUUCUCAAGUUUCUCCAAGAUGUCCACUGCUCCUUCACCUCCCCCGCUCGACGCAACCCCACUUGCAGUUCGGGAAUAUAUUUCUCACAUACUUCAUAACCAUUACGAUGUCCCAACGCAAGAAGCCGAGAACCUGGCCGCGCAAUGGAAAUAUGGUCGCGGGUCAGAACUUAGAACCUUUGACGUCGAUGUGUUUCGCUCGAUCUUUGGUGUUGAGGCAGGCACCAUGUUGUUUGCGUAUGUGAGGAAGGAGUUGGGUUCGUUGAAGGCUAGUUCAAGCGGAACGCUAGCCGGCGGAGGGAUGGCUCAGAGGGCUGAAAAGGAUAUUUUUGGGUUAACUCCUGGCUUAUCUAUUGUCUAUCUAACGUUGGGGUUCAGUGUUGCCUUCGGUUAUCUAUUGUGGUCUGGAAUCGAAACAGCACGCUCUGAAAAACUCCAGGCCCAGACUUUCCUUGGUCUGAUUUCGUUUGUUGGGUUUUUGGUCUCUUACAUGAUGUAUUAUUUCCUUCCUGUUACGAAUUGAUCGCUCUUCGCUUUUUGGAAGAAGUUGAGGAAGCAAUUUCGGUUCGAACUAAAUAUUGGACAAUCACCGUGUACCAUUUUUUCUUAUCUCUGAACAUCAUAUUGCGCCAGGGUUUAGGGCCAGGUAAAGAUACUGUGCCGCAUUGAAAUCUCAAUCCAUCCCACAAAUCGACUCA